AUGUCCCACUAUCGGCCUUGGGGCUCAACGGAGAACGGUCAGAUAGAGUUCGAGUCCUUGUCGGAUGAAACCCUAGAGGGUGCUCUCAAUGUGUUAAGAAAAAGCUUCUUUCUCUACGAGAACAUAUGCAAGGCUGUGGAAUUGAUUUCCGAACCGGGAGCAUCCAAGGAACUCGAAGAGCUCUGUUUGUAUGCAGCUAAGGACGGCGUGAGUGUGGUAGCUAUCGACAUCGCUACUAACGAGGUUGUUGGCGUCGCGUUCAACAAAAUUCAAGUGCCCUCCAGUAACUCAGAGAAAAGCUACUUCGAGUGCUUCAGUGAAAAUUGUCGAUACAAAUCAUCCAAGGCUCUGAUAGACUUGAUGAUAGAUGUGGAUUCGAGGAUAGAUCUCUUCAAGCACUACAAUGUCAACUGCAUUCUCGAGAUCAUGUUCCUGGCAACUUUGCCCAAUUAUGGGAAACGAAGAAUAGGCGAAAUGUUGGUCGCCUCAUCAUUAGAGCUCGGUAACGAGUUGAGACGUGGCAAAAACGUGAGGAUACCCAUCAUGAUACAAGGCAGCAAUGAAGUGACAAAUGCUAACGUAGUGCCGGCCUUGGCUUCCGCUAUCAUGUCGUCUGAUUAUUCCUAUCGAAUUGCUAUGAAAUUGCAUUUUGACCAACUGUUGGUAGCUUCAUUCGAUGAGUUUGAGUACAACGGAAAGAAAUACAGUGAACUAUUAAAUAGCCAGGUACAUCGACAAUGUGUUUUGGUAGCUAAGAGACUCUCUCUCUAA